AUGCGGCUCUCCGGCGUGGCGGCCUUCGUGCUCCUCAUGCUGCUGCUGCUGUAUGCGGUGCACAGGUGGAGGAACCCUCGAUGCAGCGGCCGCCUCCCGCCGGGCUCCAUGGGCCUGCCGCUCGUCGGGGAGACGCUGCAGUUCUUCUCCCCUGAGGCUUCCUUGGACGUCCCGCGUUUCGUCCGGCACAGGCUGGAAAGGUACGGCCCGAUCUUCAAGACGAGCUUGGUGGGCCACCCGGUCGUGGUCUCCGCGGACGAGGAGCUCAACUACAUGGUGUUCCAGCAGGAGGGGCAGCUGUUCCAGAGCUGGUACCCGGACUCCUUCGUGGAGAUCCUCGGCAGGGACAACGUCGGGGAGCAGCAGGGCGCCAUGUUCAAGUACCUCAAGAACAUGGUGCUCCGCUACUUCGGCCCGGAGAGCCUCAGGGAGUCGUCCAUGCUCCGCGACGUUGAGCACGCCGUCAGCAGCUCCCUCUGCACCUGGUCGACCCUGCCGGCCGUCGAACUGAAAGAGGCCGUCUCCACGAUGGUGUUCGAUCUUUCAGCGAACAAGCUGCUCGGCUUGGAGCCGUCGAGGUCCAAGAUUCUGAGGAAGAGCUUCUUCGACUUCGUUCGAGGGCUCAUCUCGUUCCCUCUGUAUUUGCCAGGAACAGCAUACUACUCUUGCAUGAAGGGACAGAAGAAUAUGCAAACGAUAAUGUUGGAUCUGUUGAGAGAAAGGCUAAGCACGUCAACGAAAAAGCACAGUGACCUUCUUGACCUAAUUGUUGAGGAACUACAGAGUGAGAAGACAACAAUAGAUGAAAGAUUUGCUAUAGAUACAUUGGUUGCACUCUUGUUCAUCAGCUUUGUAACAAUGGCACCCACCCUCACAUUAGCAUUCAAGUUCCUCAGCUAUAACCCAAAAGUUCUCAAAGACCUGAAGGAGGAGCAUGAAGAAAUAAUCAGAAGCAGAGAGAAUCCAAAUUCUAGGUUCACAUGGGAGGAGUACAAGUCACUAAGAUUCACUACUCUGGUUGUGAAUGAGCUCACUAGAAUGAGUAACGUUACACCUGGGAUUUUUAGGAAAACCCUAACAGAUGUGCAAGUGAAUGGUUAUACAAUUCCAGCCGGCUGGAUGGUUAUGAUGAGCCCCAUGUCAAUCCAUUUAAAUCCCAAUUUCUUUGAUGAUCCACUUGACUUUAACCCUUGGAGGUGGCUGCAUGUUGACAUACAUUCAAAUUGUUUGAGCAGAUGGAAGGAAAUCAAAGGAGGAGAAGUGUCCCGCAAGGCAGUGAUCAUGUUCCCACAAGGUUAUCAAAUUCAACUAAUCCCAAGGGCAUGA